GGACAUUAAGAAAUCAAGUUCGGAAUUGUAUUUGAUAUAAAAAACUGUAACUUUUUCAAUAGUUAGAAGCGUUUCUGCUUCUGAUAUUAUUGCAUAUUCUUUAUCAUUGGAUCUUAAAUACAAAUAUAUAUUUAAAGUUGGAAUUUCAAUAGCGAUUUUGCUUAAGUAAGUUAUCUGAGUGAUAAUACGUGUAAUUAUCUUGAAGAAACAACUUUGAAACGUAACAGUUAAAUUUUAAGAAAGUACUUUUUAGUUGAUUUAAUAUUAAUUCAGUGGUUUAUAAAAUAUUUCAUUGGUAAUGUAGGGGAGAAAAGUCGGAAAAUGUUUUAAAGUUAAUCACUUGACCGGAGUACUUUAUUUUUUAGAUUAAAAAUGCCGCUUCGUCUUUCUCGUCUAAUGCUAUUCAUGAAACAGCUUAGGCAAUGGAAUGGAUUAAGAAAAUAUUAUACAAUCAACUCUUCAUUUGAAAAGGGUCAUACCCAUGUAAAAUUGGUGACGGAUUAUGAAAGAUUAAUGGAAGAUGAAAUGAAACGGUUGAGCCCUCUACAACCGGAUUAUGACUGGGAUUACUUACUAAAUAGAGACAAUAGAGAUCAAAUAUACUUUAAUAUACAAAAUCGAAAGGGUAAAGGAGAUAUUGACCUUCUGUUAAAAUUAGAUAAAACUCUUAAGUCUGGAACAGAUGAUUUAGACGAUUUCCUUCAUUACGACGAAGAAAAGGAGAAUAUUAAAGAGCGAUUGUGGGCAGUUGCGGACAGUAUCCCAAACAAAACACAUCCUUCAGUUCCCAUUGGAGACGAAAAUAAAGCUGUUUGCUUAAGAACGUUUGGAGAAAAGAAAAAAUUUGGAUUUCAACCUAAAACUGUCGUCGAACUGGGCGAAAGAAUGAAUUUAUUAAGAACAAGAAAUUUAACGCCAUCAAGCUGUUCGAGAGCCUAUUACUUUAUGGGGGAUUUGGCUUUACUAGAGGAGGCUAUUGUCAACUAUUCACUAGAUAUUCUUUUAAAACACGGAUUUUCCUAUGUCACUGUUCCGAAUCUGGUCCACCCAAAUUUUAUUCGUGGUUGUGGAUUCCAAACGGAUUCUGAAAGAACCCAAAUUUAUAAAUUGAAUAAGACGUACGGAGAUAUUUGUCUUGCAGGAACUUCGGAAAUUCCUUUAGCUUCUCUAUUUAACAAUAGUAUGCUUCAUAUUGAGGAAUUACCAAGAAAAUUAGCAACUGUUAGCCGGUGUUAUAGAGCUGAAGUUUCGGAUGUUGAAAGAGAAAGGGGAAUAUAUAGAGUUCAUCAAUUCACAAAAGUUGAAAUGUUCUCACUAACAGCCCAGGAAACUGGUGAAGAAAGUUCUGAGAUGCUUGAGUCCCUAUCUAAUAUCCAAGCGGAAAUUUUCAAAGGAGUAGGGUUACAUUUUAAAGUCUUAGACAUGCCAACCUUGGAGUUAGGACUACCUGCCUAUAGAAAAUUUGAUGUCGAAGCGUGGAUGCCUUCCAAAGAAUUUUAUGGAGAAGUUUCCAGUGCAUCGAAUUGCACUGAUUUCCAAAGUCGUAGACUAAAUAUCAAAUAUUGGAACCCAAAUUUGGAGCAGAAAUUCGUUCAUUCUCUUAAUGGAACCGCAUGCGCUCUUCCCAGGAUGAUAAUGGCCAUUAUGGAAAAUUAUCAGAAUGAAGAUGGUACAGUAACUAUACCACAAGUAUUAAGACAAUAUAUGGAUAACAAAAAAUUAUUAGAGAGACCUAAAAAACCUUUAAGGUACAGAUGGCAAAGAACUCUACAUUAA